AUGCACGCUGUGACCCCCGUCGCCACGGCGAACGCUGCCGACCUCGUCCCGUCCGUCGAGGCGUACCUCGAGGCGAACGGUCUGAGCGCCACCCUCAAGGCGCUCAAGUCCGAGGCGAGCGCCAAGAAGAUGACGCCGUCCAAGUCGGCCAUCAAGACUGACCUCGUGGAGAUGGCCAACGUGUACAUGGAGGCCAGGGGAAUCAAGCGCAAGCUCGCCGCAUCCGACUCCGAGUCGGACAGCGACAGCGACAGCGACAGCGACUCCGGCGACGAGCCAGCGGCCAAGAAGGCCAAGACCGCCCCGGCGUCUUCCGACUCGUCCUCCGACUCCGACUCGUCCUCCUCGGACUCCGACUCGGACAGCGGCGAAAAGAAGGAGGACGAGAACAAGGAACCCGCCAAGCCCGCCAAGUCCGAGUCCUCCUCCGCCACCUCCUCCGACUCCGACUCCAGCGACAGCGACUCGGACUCCGAUUCCGACUCCAAGCCGCCCGCGGAGGAGGAGAAAAAGGAUGAGCCCGUCGCCGCCGUCAAGGCUGACUCCUCCUCCUCUUCCGACUCCGACUCGUCUUCGUCGGAUUCCGACAGCGAUUCGGACUCCGGCGAGAAGAAGGAGGAGGAGAAGGCUGAGGUGAAGAAGGCUGACUCCAGCGAUUCCGACAGCAGCGACUCGGACUCCUCCUCUUCCGACUCCGACUCUGACGAGAAGGAGGAGGAGAAGAAGGACGAGCCCAAGGCUGAGGUCAAGGCUGACUCCUCCUCGUCCUCCUCGUCCUCCUCGUCCUCCUCUGACUCUGACUCUGACUCGGACUCGGACGAGAAGGAGGAGGAGAAGAAGGAGGAGAAGGCUGAGGUGAAGAAGGCUGACUCCAGCGACUCUGACAGCAGCUCCUCCGAUUCCGAUUCCGACUCGGACUCUGACUCGGACUCGGGCGAAAAGAAGGAGGAGGAGAAGGCCGAGGUGAAGAAGGCUGACUCCUCUUCAUCCUCCUCCUCUUCCGACUCCGACUCCGACUCCGAUUCCGAUUCCGACGAGAAGGAGGAGGAGAAGAAGGACGACGAGCCCAAGGCUGAGGUCAAGGCUGACUCCUCCUCUUCCUCGUCCUCCUCUGACUCUGACUCUGACUCUGACUCUGACUCGGACUCCAAGCCCGCGGCUAAGACCAUGGAGGACAAGAAGGAUGACUCCUCCUCUUCCGACUCCGACUCCGACUCCUCCUCUUCCGAUUCCGAAUCCGAGGAGAAGAAGGAGGAGGAGAAGGCUGAGGUGAAGGCUGAUUCCUCAUCCUCCUCGGACUCCGACUCUUCCAGCUCGGAUUCCGAUUCCGACUCGGACGAGAAGGAAGAGGAGAAGAAGGACGACGACAAGAUGGACGUCGAGGAUGCCAAAGCCGACUCCUCGUCCUCGUCCUCGUCCUCGUCCUCGUCCGAUUCCGACGACGACUCGGACUCUGAGACAGAGCCCGUGAAGAUGGACGCGGACGCCGCCGUCGCCAAGCCCGAGUCCUCGAGCUCGGACUCCGACUCCGACUCGGGUUCCGACAGCGACAGCGACAGCGACUCGAAACCCACGGCGAUGGACGUCGACGAGAAGCAGGAGGAGGCAAAGGCGGCCGCCUCCUCCGACUCAGACUCCUCCGAUUCCGACUCGGAUUCCGACUCUAGCGAUUCCGACUCUGGUGAGAAAGAUGACGCCCCCGCCGUGAAGCCGGCCGAGGCGAAGGCUGAUUCCUCCUCCUCCUCUUCGUCCUCCUCCGACUCAGGCUCGGACUCUGACUCAGAUUCCGACUCCGAUUCGCAGGAUAAGAAGGAGAACGCGGCGCCCAAGACGGAGGUGAAGGCGCCGGCUCCCAAGGAGGUUGACGUCGCCGAGGCUCCCGCCACCGACGGACCGGCGACCAGAACCCGCUCGCAGAACAAGCCGUUCCAGCGCGUCAACGCGGAGGAGUGGAUGGGUAAGAAGGGCAGCUGGGACAUGAGCUACGAGGCGACGUUCGGGGAGGGCGGCGUCGGGUGGAAGGCGCAGGCGGUGCUCGGGCAGGUGAAGGGCGACAGGUUUAGGCACGAGAAGAACAAGCGCAAGCGAAGCACCUACAGGGGAGGGCUCAUCGACGACAACAAGGUCAACUCCAUCAAGUUUAAUUACUCCGACGAUGAGAACUGA